GUCGGUCAGCAUUCGCGAUGCCGGCUCCUGGCACACUUGUUCCACUUGCUCCGCUUGGUUGACACAAACGACGCUAUCGAAGGAAAGCAGCAGUCGCCCGCUUGGUCCAACAGCCGACUGGUGUCUGCACAGGUCCGCUGCACGCUCUCCAAAUGCUCUCCAAGAUAUUCGAUAACACCCGCUGGCUCGUCUCGGGCGCCGUCCUUGCGACGAUCCUCUACACCCGAUCGCUUGAAUCGCUCUACUGCUGUGUCGGAGGCGUGAUGUGCGGCAUUCUCGCAAAGGUUCUCAAGCAUGUCAUUCGACAGCCACGACCAGGCCUAGAGGCUCGACGGCCAGCAGCCGCCCCAACGACCACAGCGUCCUCUGCAGUAAAUGAGGGCCUGAACCCGGGCUUGACCCUGGUUCGCAAACUCAAGAGCUCGCUGCUCAGCUCCAAGGGCCAGUACGGCAUGCCGUCGUCGCACUCACAAGCAACCGGGUUCUUUGCGAGCUACAUCACCUUUGCUCUGCUCGAUCGGGUGUCCGGCAGCCAGCCCUGGAAGUGGCCGGUGCUUGUGCUAUUGAACGGGGCCGGCAUCAGCGUUGCUAUCUCUCGGGUCACUCUGCGAUACCACACAUGGCCGCAGGUGCUGGUGGGGCUCGUGGUCGGAUAUGCCUUUGGCUGGCUCUGGCUGCGGUGGUAUGAUGUAGUUCUGGCAGCGCUGCCUCACGGGAUGAAAUAGAUGGUUUUGGAUAAAAAGCAGCUCCGUCUCGCCUUGCC